AGGCCUGAGGGCAGCUGCGGCUGGAGAGCCGCGCGUGCGCAGACCCGGAAGCGAGUUAGAGAUCCCGCUCCUGAGGUGAUUACGGUUCCUCCAGAACUUUGGGGGCGGAAGGCCUUUCCUGAGGUCAGGUGGUAUAACCUCCAUUUUACAGAUUUGGAAACAUGGCCAGAGCUGCACGAGAUGAAGAAUACUGUAUUCAUUCUGGAAACAACCCAUGUCAUCUGUACUGAUAACUAAGACAGGCACUUGGAUUUCAGAAAAUGCACAUAUUUGCAAGGAAGCCACGCAUACUAGCAUGUUUCUGCCAUAAGGCCACCUAGAGAUCAUGUGGGGCCCAGUGGACGUCACCAUCAGAACUUCUGGUGGCUGAAAGGUCCUGAGAGCCCCUCGCCAUGAGUACCUUGGGUCUGUUCCGUUUUCCUGCCCCACUGACCAGAGUGUGCCUGGUGCCCUGGGGACUCCGGCUCUGCGAGAAGCUGCCGCUCCUGUCCCCAGGAACGAUGGCCACUCCAGUGCAGGCGGCCGGCAAGAAGGACUGCCCCAAGCUGCUCUCCCUGAACGAGCAUGAGCUUGAAGAGCAGUUCGUGAAAGGCCACGGUCCAGGGGGCCAGGCAACAAACAAAACAAGCAACUGCGUGGUGCUGAGACACGUGCCCUCGGGCAUCGUCGUCAAGUGCCACCAGACCAGAUCCGUUGACCAAAACAGAAAGCUAGCUCGGAGAAUCCUGCAAGAGAAAGUGGACGUCUUCUACAAAGGCGAAAACAGUCUCGUUUGCAGAGAAAAACGCGAGGCAGAGAAGAGAAAGCAAGAAAGAAAAAAAAGAGCAAAGGAAACCCUCGAGAAAAAGAAACUCUUGAAAGAACAAUGGGAAUCCAGUAAAAGUGCCCAGAGAGGACUGCAGGUUCUGACUGAAAGAACCUGCUGACUGGCCUCCAGGGUGGCGGCUUUCAGAGGAGAGUGUGUGUGCCGGGCCCCAGAGACAGCCAAGUCUCUAAGCGGCAGACAGACUGUCACGAAUAGAGAUGUAGACUCUGAGAAUAAAACUAUAAAGAAACA